AUGGCCAAACGUAUCCGGAUUUCAAACCACGUUGAUGUACAUGUGAACGAGAAAGAGACUUUUUCCGAUUUUGGCUAUGAAACGUUCGGAUGCUCAGCACUAGUGGCUCCACCAUUGGGUGCUCGGAUGGAAAGCGACUCACCAGCGAAAUCCUAA